AUAUCAAUAUGUCAGAAACUGUAUCGAAUUCGGUCUUGGUGUUUUUUGUAAAUGGUAAAAAGGUGACCAAUGCAAACCCUGAUCCCGAAUGCACACUGCUCACUUACCUGCGUGAAAAGCUGCACCUUUGCGGCACCAAGCUGGGCUGCGGGGAGGGUGGCUGUGGUGCCUGCACUGUAAUGAUCUCUCGUAUGGAUCGUCGCAGCGCUCGCAUUAAGCAUUUGGCCGUCAAUGCAUGUCUUACACCGGUCUGUGCCAUGCACGGUUGUGCAGUGACCACCGUCGAGGGUAUUGGCAGCACCCGCACCAGGUUGCACCCGGUCCAGGAGCGGCUGGCCAAGGCACAUGGGUCGCAAUGUGGUUUUUGCACACCUGGGAUUGUUAUGUCCAUGUAUGCGCUGUUGCGUAAUUCGGCACAGCCUUCGAUGAGGGAUUUGGAGGUAGCAUUUCAGGGAAAUCUAUGCCGCUGCACCGGCUAUCGUCCCAUACUGGAGGGUUACAAGACAUUUACAAAGGAGUUUGCCUGCGGCAUGGGUGAGAAGUGCUGUCGUGUUAAUGGAAAUGGUUGUGCGAGCAAUGGAGAUCCAGCCUCAUCCUUAGUGGAUGACACACUUUUCGAGCGCAGCGAGUUUCAGCCUUUUGACCCGAGCCAGGAGCCUAUAUUUCCGCCAGAGCUGCAGCUAACGGAGUCCUAUGAUAACGAGAGUUUGGUUUUUCGCUCGGAUCGGGUCACCUGGUACCGGCCAAGUUCGUUGGUAGAGCUUCUCCAACUUAAGGCGGAAUAUCCUGAAGCUAAGCUGGUUGUGGGAAAUACAGAGGUGGGCGUGGAAGUCAAGUUCAAGCAUUUUCUCUAUCCAGUGCUCAUCAACCCAACCAAAGUCCCAGAGCUCAUGGAAGUACAGGAGACGGAGGAGAGCAUCUACUUUGGCGCCGCUGUGAGUCUGAUGGACAUCGACAUCUUGCUAAGGGAGCGCAUUGAAAAAUUGCCAGAGCAUCAGACGCGCUUUUUCCAAUGCGCUGUCGAUAUGCUGCACUACUUCGCCGGCAAGCAGAUUCGUAACGUUGCUUGUCUGGGUGGAAACAUCAUGACGGGCAGUCCCAUAUCGGAUAUGAAUCCCGUGCUGACGGCUGGUGGGGCAUUGCUUCUUGUGGGCAGCCUCGUCGACGGUCGUGUUGAGCGACGCACGGUGCAAAUGGGAAGUGGCUUCUUUACCGGCUAUCGCCGCAAUGUGGUGCAACCACAUGAGGUAUUACUUGGCAUACAUUUUCAGAAGACCACACCAAAUCAGCAUGUGGUUGCCUUCAAGCAGGCGCGCCGACGUGACGACGAUAUUGCCAUUGUUAAUGCCGCCGUCAGCGUACUUUUCCAGCCUCAAUCGGAUGUGGUGGCGCGUAUUUCCAUGGCCUUUGGUGGCAUGGCACCCACUACUGUAUUGGCUCCACGGUCAGCUCAAUUAAUGAUUGGCAAGCAAUGGAAUCGGGAGCUAGUCGAGCGCGUAGUAGAGAGUUUAUGUGCGGAACUACCACUGGAUGCAUCUGCACCUGGAGGAAUGAUUGCCUAUAGGCGCGCCCUGGCCGUCAGCCUGUUCUUUAAGGCCUACUUGGCCAUAAGUCAGAAAUUGUGUGAUGCUGGCAUUAUUUCGUCAAAGGCGGUACCGGUUGCAGAGCGUAGUGGCGCUGAAAUCUUUCACACCCCUGCCCUAAAGAGUUCACAACUUUUUGAGCGCGUCUGCAGUGAGCAACCGGUUUGUGAUCCUAUUGGACGGCCAAAAGUACACGCGGCGGCCUUGAAGCAGGCUACGGGAGAAGCCAUUUACACGGAUGACAUUCCCCGGAUGGAGAGUGAACUCUAUUUGGCUUUAGUACUGAGCACGAAGCCACGUGCUAAGAUCACGCAUAUUGAUCCCACUCAAGCCUUGGCCAUGGAAGGUGUGCAUGCUUUCUACAGCCACACGGAUCUCACCGAGCACGCAAAUGAGGUGGGGCCUGUGUUUCAUGAUGAGCAUGUCUUUGCCGCCGGUGAGGUACACUGCUACGGACAAGUAGUCGGUGCCAUUGUUGCCGAAAAUCAGGCACUGGCUCAACGUGCCGCACGCCUAGUCAGCGUGCAGUACGAGGAGCAGACACCGGUGAUUGUGACUAUUGAGCAGGCUAUUGAGCACAAAUCGUAUUUUCCGGACUAUCCACGUUAUAUGAACAAGGGUAAUGUGGAAGAGGCGUUUGCCGAGGCAGACCACGUAUACGAGGGCGAGUGUCGGAUGGGUGGUCAGGAGCAUUUCUAUUUGGAGACGCACGCCGCCUUAGCCGUGCCUCGGGACAGUGAUGAACUGGAGCUCUUCUGUUCCACACAGCAUCCAUCGGAGAUCCAGAAGCUGGUGUCGCACGUACUCUCGCUCCCCUCCCAUCGCAUAGUGUGUCGGGCGAAACGGUUGGGGGGCGGUUUUGGAGGUAAAGAGUCCCGCGCUAUAUCUGUGGCCCUUCCUGUUGCCUUGGCGGCUUACCGUUUGCGAAGACCAGUUCGCUGCAUGCUGGAUCGCGACGAAGACAUGCUCAUCACCGGUACCCGUCAUCCGUUCCUGUUUAAGUACAAGGUGGGAUUUACAAGCGAGGGUCUUAUAACAGCAUGUGACAUUGAAUGUUAUAACAAUGCCGGUUGGUCUAUGGACUUGUCCUUUUCGGUGUUGGAUCGGGCAAUGCAUCAUUUUGAGAACUGCUAUCGCAUUCCCAAUGUUCGGGUCGGUGGCUGGGUGUGCAAGACCAAUUUGCCUUCCAAUACGGCCUUUAGGGGUUUCGGCGGCCCACAAGGCAUGUUCGCUGCAGAGCAUAUAAUCCGCGACGUAGCACGAAUUGUGGGCCGUGAGCUGCUGGAGGUGAUGCGACUUAAUUUCUACAAGACCGGGGACCUUACUCACUACAAUCAGCAGCUGGAGCACUUCCCCAUUGAUCGCUGCCUAAAUGAUUGUCUAGAGCAAUCCCGUUUCUACGAGAGACGCGACGAAAUUGCGCGUUUCAAUCGUGAGAAUCGCUGGCGAAAACGGGGCAUCUCCAUCGUGCCCACCAAGUACGGCAUCGCUUUUGGUGUCAUGCAUCUUAAUCAGGGUGGUGCCCUGAUAAACAUAUAUGCGGAUGGCUCCGUCCUGUUGUCGCAUGGAGGAGUGGAAAUCGGGCAGGGACUAAAUACGAAGAUGAUCCAGUGCGCGGCUCGUGCAUUGGGCAUUCCAAUCGAGCUCAUACAUAUCUCGGAAACGGCUACGGAUAAGGUGCCCAAUACAUCGCCAACAGCCGCCAGUGUGGGCUCCGACAUUAAUGGUAUGGCAGUACUGGAUGCCUGUGAUAAAUUGAAUAAGCGUCUGGCGCCUGUCAAGAAGGCUUUGCCGCAAGCUACAUGGAAGGAAUGGAUUAACCAGGCAUACCUUGACCGUAUAAGCCUCUCGGCCACUGGCUUCUAUGCUAUGCCCGAUAUUGGCUAUAAUGCGGCGACGAAUCCCAAUGCUCGCACUUACAGUUACUAUACCAAUGGCGUAGGGAUCAGCGUUGUGGAGAUCGAUUGUCUCACCGGUGAUCAUCAAGUGCUCAGUACCGACAUUGUCAUGGAUAUUGGAUCGAGCAUAAAUCCGGCCAUUGAUAUUGGCCAGAUUGAGGGCGCUUUCAUGCAGGGCUAUGGCCUAUUUACGUUAGAAGAGCUCAUGUAUUCACCGCAGGGCAUGCUCUAUUCCCGUGGACCGGGCAUGUAUAAGUUGCCCGGCUUUGCUGACAUUCCGGGCACCUUCAAUGUUAGUCUGCUAACUGGUGCUCCUAAUCCUCGUGCCGUCUACUCCUCCAAGGCCGUUGGCGAACCCCCACUAUUCAUAGGCUCGUCCGUUUUCUUUGCCAUCAAGGAGGCCAUUGCGGCAGCACGUCUGGAAGAAGGCCUGGACGCUGACUUUAAGCUGGAGGCACCAGCUACAUCUGCGCGCAUACGCAUGGCCUGUCAGGAUAAGUUGACGCAGCUGAUUGAGCUGCCGGCGAAAGGAACAUAUAAGCCUUGGAAUAUCGUGCCAUAAUAAUAACUGUUUUGAGUUUUACAAACUGUUAAACCUUCUAAGAAGCUUUUGUUACUAAUCACUAAUAUUAAAUUAUAUGCAGACCUGUUAAAAAUCCCGUCAAUUAGUAUGUUGACGAAAUGAGCGCCGAGUUUAUAUUUUGUCGUUUAUAUAAUGCU